AUGAUGUAUCACACCUUAUUAUUCCUUUCUUUGGGUCUCUGCGUUCUGAGCGCUCCUAUUGAAAAGCAAUCACUUACUGAUCAAACUGUACAAAGUGAAUCGGAUCUACUAACCCUUGAGCGUCGACAAGGACAAAAUCUCCCACUUCCAGUUUCACUUCCAACGUCUAUGGGUCUGCCAUCCAUUGACGAUCUAGGAGUUCUAGAGAGUGUUCUGGAAGGAGGUUUAGGAGGAAGUUUAGGAGGAGGUCUUCCACUAGGAGAUACCUCAAAUCUUAUUCCAAUAGGAGAUCUCGGAGGUGUUUUGGGUGGUUUAGGUGGACUAUAACAUGAAGAAAAAAAUCAAGAUCCUUUACUAUCCAAAAAAAGGUGAUGGAAGCAUUGAUAGUGGCGCUGACCCCCAGUUAUAUUAUCCUAAAGAGAAAUUAUUAUUAUUUAUUAUUAUUUUUUUUUGUUUUAUUUCAAUUUC